GCCUGUCACUGCUGCGGCGCUGCUGGUCGUUCCCUUGAAGGCAGCGGAGGCGGCGGCGGCUGCUCCAGACACCUGCGGCGGCGACCCCCCGGCGGCGCGGAGAUGUGGCCCUUGGCGGCGGCGCUGUUGCUGGGCUCCUGCUGCUGCGGUUCAGCUCAACUACUGUUUAGCAAAGUCAAAUCCGUAGAAUUCACUUCGUGCAAUGAAACUGUGGUCAUCCCUUGCAUCGUCCUCAAUGUGGAGGCGCAGAGCACAGAAGAGAUGUUUGUGAAGUGGAAAUUGAACAAGUCGUAUAUUUUCAUUUAUGAUGGAAAUAAAAAUAGCUCUACCGUAGAACAAAACUUUACCAGUGCAAAAAUCUCAGUCUCAGACUUACUGAAAGGCGAUGCCUCUUUGAAAAUGGAUACCCGGGAGGCCGUGGUGGGAAACUAUACUUGUGAAGUGACGGAGUUAUCCAGAGAAGGCAAAACAGUCAUAGAGCUGAAAAACCGCACGGCCUUCAACACUGACCAAGGAUCAGCCUGUUCUUACCCCACUACCCCGGCAGGGGACGAGAAGGAGAAAGGAGGUUGCAAAUUAGUUUCGUGGUUUUCUCCAAAUGAAAAGAUCCUCAUUGUUAUUUUCCCAAUUUUGGCUAUACUCCUGUUCUGGGGAAAGUUUGGUAUUUUAACACUCAAAUAUAAAUCCAGCCGUACGAAUAAGAGAAUCAUUCUGCUGCUCGUCGCUGGGCUGGUGCUCACAGUCAUCGUGGUUGUUGGAGCCAUCCUUCUCAUCCCAGGAGAAAAACCCGUGAAGAACGCCUCUGGACUUGGCCUCAUUGUAAUCUCUACGGGAAUAUUAAUACUGCUUCAGUACAAUGUGUUUAUGACAGCUUUUGGAAUGACCUCUUUCACCAUUGCCAUAUUGAUCACUCAAGUGCUGGGCUAUGUCCUUGCUGUGGUCGGGCUGUGUCUCUGCAUCAUGGCUUGUGAACCAGUGCAUGGCCCCCUUUUGAUUUCAGGUUUGGGUAUCAUAGCUCUAGCAGAACUACUUGGACUAGUUUACAUGAAGUUUGUCGCUUCCAACCAGAGGACUAUACAACCACCUAGGAAAGCUGUAGAGGAACCCCUUAACGAAUAAGUGAAGGGAAGUGACAGACUGUAACUUGGAAGUCAGAAGUGCAAGAAUACAGUUGUCUAAGCACCAUGGCCUUCAUGACUUACUGCUGGAAGGAACAGACAACAGUAACUGACUUUCAUCCAUGAAAAAUGACAUCGAACCAUAAAUGAUUAUUACAGUUAAGUUUAUAUUCAAAGCAGCUGUAAUUUACGUGAUAAAAAAAUUAUGAUGUGCUGUGUAAUCAAUUGAAAUCCAUUUUUCUAUUGUUUCUACUCAACUAGGGGCAGAUGUUUCAGGGGCAACUUCCAAGAAUGAUGCUUGCUAGAUCCUUGAGUCUCUGAACACUGAGUUUAAAUCGAUUCUGAGUGAGACUCACCAAGCACUAACCUGAGGGUUAGUCACCCAGAGAUACCUAUGGAAAAACAGUGGUAUCCAGCAAGCCUUAGUAAACUCAGGUUCCCAGCAGCUUUGCCACUUAGGCUGCUAGCUGAAUAACAAGACUGCCACUUCUGGGUCAUAGUGACAGAGACUGAAGUAGAAAGAGGAAUGUGGGUGGGUAAAUCCCUGUGGCCCCUCUGUGUGCUAUGAUAUUGAUGGCUCUAAUGUCUUCAUUCUUGGGGGUUGCCAUCAUUCACACACACCCCCUUUGACAUACAGUGCACCCAGAUUUAGAAUACAUUUUUUUAAUAGAUGUGGUUUUCCUUUUUGCACACGAUCCUUUGCUCCCUGUCCCAUUCUGCUACUUUCAUUUGCGUUACAAGAUAUAAUACCUUUUCUCCUCUUUAAACAUGGUCCUGUGACACAAUAGUGUCAGUUGCAGAAAGGAGCCAGACUUAUUCUCAAAGCACUGUGCUCAGACUCUUCAGAAAAAGAUAAAAGCUAUGGUUGUAACAUAUGUAUUCCAGACCUCUGGUUUAAAGGCAAAAAAAAAAAAAAAAAAAGAAAAAGAAAAAAAAAAAGGAAAAAAUCUACAGUGUUUCUUCCCAUGUUUUCUGAUUGGAGGCAUGACAAAGCAAGACUGAAAUCUGAACUAUGUGUCUCCUGCAUGGCAACAUGUGUCUCCGUCAGGCCCUUGCAAGGCCCAGGGAGGGGGUUUUACGCCUGUUGUCUCUAUGUUGCAUGCUGAACACUCAUUGCCUUCCUCCUGUAUCCUGCUUCUUGCCUCCUGCCACCUCCUGCCGCCUCCUCCUCCCCCUCCUCCUCCUCCCCUAAGUUUGAAAAGUAAAAUAAAACUACCACAUUCCCUACCCAGUUAGAAGAAAACCAACGUCCUGACAGUUGUGACCGCAUGGAGUACUUUUAGAUUAUUAGCACUUGUUUUUACCUCGUUUGUGGGCGUGUUUGUGUGUGCACAUGUAUGAAGUAGGCACAUGCAUCUUCUGUACGGACAGAAGUGAGGCAUCUACAGAAGAGCAGAUGCUAACUUUGUGCUAUUAGUGAAUACAUUUAAAAGCAAAGGUCCUUAUUGGGUGGAAUUAUAUCUGACGCAACUAUUUGAGCUCUUUAAAACUUUAAAACUAGGUAAUGUGCCAAGCUUUCAUGACUGCUCAGCAGUGCCCUCUGACACAACACCAGUACUUUUUCCUGUUUGCGUAAUAAAGGCCUUUCUGUUUGUGUUUGCAUUA